AUGUCUGAAUCAAUUAUUGAAUCAUUCAAGAAAGCAGGCCAGGAACAACUAUUCAAGUAUUACGAGUCCUUAUCUAAAGAUGAACAAUCAACAUUCGUAAGCCAAUUAUCAAAAAUUACUAGUCCUUCAGAAUUGGUGUCUACAGUUCAAGAUGCAAUAAAAUUCUCUUCCUUCAACGUGUCAUCUAAAAACUACACGCAAUUACCUCUGGAAUGUUGUGCAUCUACUUUGGAUACCGAAAAGGAAGCUAAAGAAGAAUGGUCGAAGUUAGGCUUAAACGCUAUCGCAAACAAUGAAGUUGGUGUUCUUUUGAUGGCAGGCGGUCAAGGAACUAGGUUAGGAUCAUCAGAUCCAAAGGGUUGUUAUAACGUUAACUUACCAUCUGGACGUUCAUUAUUCCAUAUUCAGGCAGAAAAGAUCUUGAAAAUCCAGUCUUUAGCGAAGUCCCAUCGCCCUGGAUCUAACCCUACGUUGUAUUGGUAUAUUAUGACUAGCGGUCCAACUAGAUCACCAACAGAAAAGUUCUUUGAACAGAAUAAUUGGUUUGGAUUGAGUAAGAGCCAAAUAUUAUUUUUUAAUCAAGGUACCUUGCCUUGCUUUAAUUUAGAUGGGUCAAAGAUUUUGUUGAAUUCCAAAAAUGAAUACUGUGAAUCCCCAGAUGGUAACGGUGGCCUCUACAAAGCUAUUGCGACAAAUGGUAUCUUAGAGGAUUUUGAAAAGAAGGGAAUUAAGCAUAUUCAUAUGUAUUGUGUUGAUAACUCACUUGUCAAAGUUGCUGACCCAACUUUCUUAGGUUUCGUGAUUGAUAGAAAAUUUGAGUUGGCUACCAAGGUGGUUAGAAAAAGAGAUGCUAACGAAAGCGUUGGUUUAAUUGUUCUUGAUGAAGAAAAGAAUAAGCCGUGUGUUAUUGAAUAUUCUGAAAUAUCCUCUGACUUGGCUAAUAAGACUGAACCAAAUGAUUCACUGAAAUUAUUCUUGAGAGCGGCUAAUAUUGUGAAUCAUUAUUACUCGGUUGAUUUAUUGAAGAGAAUGAUUCCAAAAUGGAUUUCAUCGCAAGAAUUCUUACCAUUCCAUAUUGCUAAGAAAAAAAUCACUUCUUUAAAUGAACAAGGAGAGUAUGUGAAGCCAACUGAACCAAAUGGUAUUAAGUUGGAACAAUUUAUUUUUGAUGUUUUCCCAUCUGUUGAAUUAUCCAAGUUCGGUUGUUUAGAGGUUGAUAGAUCGGACGAGUUCUCUCCAUUGAAAAAUGCCGAUGGAGCUAAAAAUGACACCCCAACCACCUGUAGAGAAGCUUACCUCAAGUUAGGAACGAAGUGGGUGAUAGAAAAUGGAGGUGUCAUUGAUGAUAACGGAUUAGUUGAAGUGAGUGGUUUGACUAGUUAUGAAGGAGAGGGAUUAGAAUUUGUUAAAGGUAAGCAUUAUAAAAAUGGUGAUAAAGUAUAG